UUAGUUCAGUUAUCUAUCAGUUCGGUCGUGUGUUUAGUUUUUUAUCUUUUUUUAUGUGUACUAAUUUAUCAAACGUUACAACACAGAUACAUCUCGUCCCCAAAAAUCAAGUGAGCAGAAUGGGAAGGAGUACGUUUUUGUUACGCGUGAAAAGAUGGAACAGGAUAUUUCCGAAGGAAAGUUCAUAGAGCACGGCGAGUACAAAGGAAAUCUUUAUGGAACCUCAGCAGAAAGUGUGGAAACCAUAGUAAACUCAGGACGCGUUUGUGUUCUGAGUCCUCACUGGCAAGCCUUAAAAAUGUUACGAACUCCGAGACUGCGGCCCUACAUUGUAUUUAUAAAACCACCACCGCUUGAGACGCUCAUCGAAACCAGAACCGCAGCCAACGCUCGCUCGACGUUUGACAAGGACUGCUCUAGAGCUUUUACGGAAGAGGAAUUUGCUGAUAUAAUAAGGUCGUCGAAUCGUAUAAAUUUCCUGUAUGGCUACAUGUUUGAUGAGGAGAUAGUGAACCAAGAUCUGGCUACCGCGCUGACGCAGCUUCUUAAAAUGGCGUGGCGGGUUCAAUCCGAGCCGCUCUGGGUCCCGGCGGCUUGGGUGCAGUGAGGUGUAACCGGUUGUAAUGUUAGACAUAAUUAGUUCAAUUCUAGUCAAUUUUUCUUUUCGUUUAGUCAUUUUAGAAUAAUUUCGUUACGUAUCGUAUUUUUGUUGAUUAAUUAUAGGUCAUUCAGUUAUU